ACCCCUCCAGAGUUCUCCUUUUUAAAGGGCCCGUUGGUGUGCUUAUGCUCAACUUGCCCAGUCCUCGAUUUGUGGAGUUGAGGAAGAAAAGGAGAAGAAACCAACCAUGGCUCAUAUCUUAGCUGAGGAAUGCAAGGAACUCACCAAGGCCCUCGCAGGAUUGGGAGGGCUUGGAGUGGAAGAGAAGUCUGUGGUGGCGGCAAUGGGGAGAUGGCGCCGCCGGCCAGAAACACUGGCCCAGUUCAGAAAAAACUUUGGUGGUCUAUUUAAGGCUGAUAAUGGAAGCUUUGCACGAGUAGACCUUGAUUACAUUCAUUUUCUCGAGUUCGAAUAUGCGAGGUUUAAGAACUUGACUUUUCAAUGGGCAAUGCAUCCAUGGGAAAGGGAUGCUCGUUGGGCUCACCAAGUAAUCCACAAAGGUCAUUCCCCUACAAUUCUUGUUGAAAUUGCUUGCACUCGAUCAGCAGCCGAGCUUUUAGGGGCAAGGAAGGCAUAUCAUGCCUUAUUUCAUCAUUCCCUUGAGGAAGAAGUUGCCUAUAGCAUCUCUGGAAGCCAUGUUAAUUUUCUGGUCAGGCUUGUGAGCUCCUACAGAUAUGAAGGCCCUCAUGUGCACGAGGAGAUAGCAAAAUCAGAGGCCAAAGCUCUCCAUAAUGCCAUUCAGAAAAAAACACCAGAGAACCUCAUAGUGAAUGAGGAUGUAGUGAGGAUCCUUACUACGAGGAGCAAGUCGCAACUAAGAGUAACCUUCAAAUUCUACAAGGAACUUUUUGGAAAGUCCAUAGAAGAGGAUCUUGGAGAUGAGCCAUACAUAAUAGAUGCAGUUGAGAGCAUCAAUUCAGCUCCAGUAUAUUUCAGCAAGUUGAUAAACAAGGCUUUAAAAGAUGGAGCAGAUAAUGACUCAAAAGAAGCUCUCAGCCGUGUGAUUUUGUCGAGGUCUGAUGUUGAUAUAGAGGAAAUCAAAGAAGAGUAUCUGAAGAGACAUGGAACUAAACUCGAAGAUGUUCUAAAAAAAUUCACUCAUGGUGUUUACAGGGAUGCUUUAGUCUCCUUCGUUGAAGGGAAAUAAGAAGACUGCAUUUUACUUCUGCAUCUGGGAAUGACAAAAUCAAGGCUUUGUUAUGUUAAAAUGUACUGUUAGCAACAUGUUAUUGUUCUUUGGAUUUGGUUUUUGCAUUGUAUUUUGGAAAUUGGAAAGAAUAUAAAAGGUUUAUAUGAAGGUAAUAAAAAGCUUGCAUUUUCCAAAUGGAA